AGGGAUAGGAUCGUUAGUUCCCACCAGAGACGGUAAAGGCAGACUUUUGUGCGGGGUAAAGGUGAAAAAUAAAAAAAAGUCUUCCUCUGUGUUUGUGGUUCUUUGAUCGCCAUUUCCUGUCCCUGUCUCUAAGCUCUCAGAAACAGCAACAAUGGGUUCUAGCAAUAGCAGGUUAGGGCUCAAGCACAGAUUCUUCUCCUCUCUCUUCUGUGGCGCUGCUUCUUCUUACACUCCUAUCGAGGUGGGUGAUCGUCCGGAUGAUUCAUCAACUAUAUCUCUUCAAAACAUGGCUCCGCACCAUGAUGUGUCAAUCAGCUCCAAGCAGCAGUCAACCUUUGGUUCUAAAGCUGAUUUUACGAGUUCCACUGCUGAAAAUGAGGCCUCUUCUAGAAGCAGUACUGCUACCGCCGAGUAUACAUCUAGUAGUUGUACUAAUCAUUCUGGGAAUUUGGAAUUAUGUUCUCAGCAGUUGAAUGUUAACAACAGUCUCAUUGAACCUCAAGUAGCCAAUACUUCCUUAAAGUUUCAGCCACCUACAGGGUCACACUCUACUGAUGCACUUCACACAAGCCUUGUGGGUCAGGAUACUGCGAGUCUACAUUCAGACGAGCAGACCGUAGCGGAUGUCAGUAUCGAUGGCUUUACACCUGAUUCUGGUUCUGAUGUUUCAGGUUCUCUAGAAACUUCUCAACAGCUUCCAAGAUUUCACUUGUCUGUGGGGGAUCAAGUUCCUAUGGGCAUGGGCAUGAUAUUGGUUGAUGUGGUGAGUAUACAUUCCAACAUUUUGUCUAGUGGCAUUGCAGAAAUUAGUAACCGUGAGACAAGAAGGAAUUCUAGAAGGAUGUUUGGGGAUUUUUUCUCAAGAAACAGUUUUAGGCGGAAUAGUAAUUCCCCAAGCAUUGUUUUUACAACUAGUCAUGCUGAUGAUCUGGGAUCUCAUGACAGAUGGCUCCUUGAUUAUAGUGGUGAUCUUCAUUAUGAUGGCAUUGGUCGUGAGUCUAGAUACUCUGGCACUAGAAGCGAUCAUAGAAGUGAACGACUAUGGCAAUCAAGAUACGAGAUGCUAGAAAGAUUUCGUGACUUUUAUGAUGAACAAGGUUGGCAAGGUUCUUUAUGUGCAACAGGGCGUCACCCUCGCGGUACAUGUUCAUGUGAAUCUUCAUCCAUUGCUGAGGAGUCCAGUAGGCGUGCAAGCAUUUCACAAAUAAUCAUGCUUGCAGAUGCACUUUUUGAGGUUCUCGAGGAAGUUCAUCGCCACCGCAUGUCUUUUUCAUUGUCUAUGCUCAAUCUUCCUGCUCCUGAAGCUGUUGUAAACUCAUUUCUUCUCAAGGAUUAUAAAAAGUCAUGUGGAACUGAGAGUGGUACACAUGAUGUGCAACAGUGUAACAUUUGCUUAGUUGACUAUGAGGAGGGGGAUAAAAUUAGAGCUCUUCCAUGUUCUCAUGAAUAUCACAUGUCAUGUGUCGAUAAAUGGCUGAAAGAAGUACAUGGGGUAUGCCCCCUCUGCAGAGAUGAUGUUUGCAAGGGUGUUGCUGAAGGUUCUGCUUCAAACCCUGAGAUCCCAUCUCUUUGAUUGACACGUAUAAAGUGGCUAGAUAAGUCAAAAAACUUUUCUCUUGAAACGUCAAGAAGUGUUCACCACAAGACAUAGUUGUCCUAGAAUUUUCUUCUGUUGCAGAUUAUUUGUAAUAUAUAGUAUCUAUAUAGUUAAAAAGCUACUUGUCUAUAGAUCAAACUGUAAGAGUAUACAAGUUCCAAUUAAAAAGUUAAUGAAUUUAAGGUUUGUGGAA